UUAGAGUCUGAGGACGGGAGCCGGGCGGGUUCAAUCUCCUGUUCCUGGGGUUUGUUCGCUCUUAAAGAGCCGCCGCUUGAGUGACGUGAGAAGGUGCUGGUGUGUGCGACAGAGACACCGGGCCGGGUGGAAAGAGUAGGGCUUGGAGCCAGGACACGUUGGGAGAAAGAGAAGGCAACGCUGAAGGGACAGGAGUGGCACAUGCGGGGGGCCGUACUUUGACACGGAGACCCCUGAACAGGCCCAAGCUCAGAUGGGAGAAGGGGGUUGGUGUGAGAGGAGGGGGCGUAAGGCCAGUGUGAGGGCUUGAGAGCGGGGAAAGAGUCUUUGUGCUUCGGGCUACACUGCCGGCCUGACGCUGAAGUGAUGUGGGGGCUGCCCGGUGCUGCUGACAGAGAGGCUGCUGCUACUGGAGAGCCCGAGUGCGGACUAUGAGUUGGAGCCGGCAGGGCGCAGACAAUGCUUGUGUAGGCGGCGGCUGUUGUGCAGGGGAUGCGAGGGCAGGGCGCCUAUAGGCUGCUUGGAUAGCGGGGCCCGGUAAGCGGUGACAGGGCUCAGAGGCUGCUGUGACCGAGUCGCGUUGGCCGUGCUGCCGCUGUUGUAGCGAGAGAUCGCACUGCCCGGAGGGAUGGCUGCAAGAAGUCGCCACUCGUUGCUCAGCGUCCUGCUGGGACUGGUCCUGGGCUUUCUGCUCGCCUCCAGGUUCAUCUUGCCCAGGGCAGCCGAGUUGCAGAGAGCCAGCCGCGGGAGAGCGGGCGCCGGGGGGGAGGCGGGCGGGCAGGCUGCGAGCUGUGGCCGACAAGUUGCUUUAAGGAGCGAUUACAGCGGGGUACUAGGCUGGCAGCAGCAGCAGCUACACUCCGACACCGGAGCCCUGAGCCCAGGCAGCGAGGAAGACAUCCCCACGGACAAGAACUUCCUUUUUGUUGGGGUCAUGACGGCUCAGAAGUACCUGGAGACCAGAGCAGUGGCUGCUUAUAGAACUUGGUCAUCGUCCAUUCCUGGUAAAGUUGAAUUUUUCUCCAGUGAAGGCUCCGACACAUCCAUACCAAUUCCAAUUGUGCCACUUCAAGGGGUGGAUGACUCCUAUCCGCCACAGAAAAAGUCCUUCAUGAUGCUCAAGUACAUGCAUGAUCACUACUUGGAUCAGUAUGAGUGGUUUAUGCGAGCAGAUGAUGAUGUUUACAUCAAAGGGGAUCGCUUGGAGAACUUUUUGAGGAGCCUUAACAGCAGCGAGCCACUGUUCUUGGGACAGACUGGCCUUGGCACCACCGAGGAAAUGGGCAAAUUGGCACUGGAGCCAGGAGAAAAUUUCUGUAUGGGUGGCCCUGGUGUAAUCAUGAGUCGAGAAGUCCUUCGUAGGGUGGUGCCCCACAUCGGCGAGUGUCUGAGGCAGAUGUUUACCACCCAUGAGGAUGUGGAGAUUGGCAGAUGUGUCCGAAGAUUUGCAGGAGUGCAGUGUGUCUGGUCUUAUGAGAUGCAGCAGUUGUUUUAUGAGAAUUAUGAGCAGAACAAGAAGGGCUACAUCCGAGAUCUUCAUAACAGCAAAAUCCACAGAGCCAUCACUUUACAUCCCAAUAAAAACCCUCCCUACCAGUACCGCUUGCACAGCUACAUGCUCAGCCGGAAAAUAGCGGAGCUCCGGUAUCGUACAAUCCAGUUGCACAGGGAGAUAGUUCUUAUGAGCAAGUACAGUAACGCAGAAGUCCACAAAGAUGACCUGCAACUGGGGAUUGCUCCAUCUUUCAUGCGGUUCCAACCACGUCAAAGAGAGGAGAUUCUGGAGUGGGAAUUUCUCACUGGCAAGUAUCUAUAUUCAACUGCCGAUGGCCAGCCUCCUAGACGUGGAAUGGAUUCUUCCCAGAAGGAGGCUCUUGAUGACAUUGUAAUGCAAGUUAUGGAGAUGAUCAAUUCCAAUGCCAAGGUUCGAGGUCGUAUUAUUGACUUUAAAGAAAUCCAGUAUGGAUACCGUAGGGUUAACCCAAUGUAUGGUGCAGAAUAUGUCUUGGAUCUGCUUCUUCUCUACAAAAAGCACAAGGGCAAGAAAAUGACUGUCCCUGUAAGGAGGCAUGCCUACCUCCAACAGACAUUCAGCAAAAUUCAGUUCAUGGAGCAUGAAGAGACUGAUGCUAAAGAACUGGCAAAUAAAAUAAACCAGGAAUCCGGUUCCUUGUCCUUUUUGUCCAAUUCUCUAAAGAUGUUUGUUCCCUUUCAUCUCACUGCAACAAAGGCUGAACACAAAGAGCCCAAAGAAACAAAGGUGAACAUCCUGGUUCCCCUCUCUGGCCGAUUUGAUAUGUUUGCCAGGUUCAUGGCCAACUUUGAGAAAACCUGCCUCAUCCCAAAUCAAAAUGUGAAGUUAGUUAUUCUGCUUUUCAACUCCGACUCCAAUCCUGACAAAACCAGGCAAGUUGAACUCAUGAGAGAUUACCGCGUUAAAUAUCCCAAGGCCGAUAUGCAGAUCUUACCAGUGUCUGGAGAGUUCUCCAGGGCUUUGGCUUUGGAAGUUGGAUCCUCGCAGUUUAGAAAUGACUCUCUGCUCUUCUUUUGUGACGUGGAUUUGGUUUUCUCCACGGAGUUUAUACAGCGAUGCAGGUCGAACACCAUUUUAGGGCAGCAGAUAUACUUUCCAAUUAUAUUUAGCCAAUAUGACCCCAAGAUUGUCUAUGCGGGAAAGGUUCCCAGUGAUAACCAUUAUGCUUUUACUCAGAAGACUGGCUUUUGGAGAAACUAUGGCUUUGGCAUCACCUGUGUCUAUAAGGGAGAUCUUCUACGUGCUGGGGGCUUUGAUGUUUCCAUUCAAGGGUGGGGACUAGAGGAUGUUGACCUUUUCAACAAAGUGGUACAAGUAGGUUUAAAGACAUUUAGGAGUCAGGAGGUUGGCGUUGUUCACAUCCACCAUCCUGUGUUUUGUGACCCCAAUCUCGAUCCUAAACAGUACAAAAUGUGUUUAGGAUCCAAAGCCUCCACUUACGGGUCAACCCAACGCCUGGCCGAGUUAUGGCUUGAGAAGAAUGACCCGACGUUUGGCAGAUCCACUCACACAAAUGAGUCUGUCAGGACAGCCUAAUAAUCCAGCGCUGCUGGGGGACCCUUGAACUGUUUCAUAAUCUAAUUUAUUUUUUCAAAAUUAUUUUAAUAGUUAAGACUGUAGUGUUUGAUAGCAAUCAUGUCUUUCUUAAAAAAAAAAAGCUAAAAAAAAUGUGAUCAGUAUUUGCCUUUCAGCCAUUGCAAUAUGACAACUUGAAGUCUCAUGAACAAAUCUUUUUUUUGUUUUUUUUUUAUACUGCAUUCCAUGUUUUCAUUGCUGCAUUUCUUUGCCGUCAGUCUUUUUUGUCUAGGCCUUGCAUUGUACCUACAGGAACAUAUUUGCUCCAUUUCAAUCCUUCAAUUCGGAAACCCCUACUUUAUACAAAUACAGAGCCUGUCCCCUCCUUUCAAUAUUCUUGCACAACCGUAGACACUCUUAAAAUCUCUCGUGUCAGCACAUGAAGUCAAAUAACAGGAUUGUACCCUUCCAUGUUUUUAUUAAUAUUAGUGCGCCAGUAACAGAAUGUUUCCCAUUAACAGAUAUUGCUGGUCAUGUCCCAGGGUAACGUGUAUAAACUGGCGUCGAAUCAUAGUUAAUGAGCAAGCACUGGCCCUUGAGCCAACUUGUGUGAGUGUGUUUUUCCUUAUCCGUUAUGGUUAUUAGUAUUGUAAUUUAUGUACGUUUUUUUUUUCCAUUUUGGUUAUUUAAGCGUUUCUUGUGCAUAAACAUUAUGUACAAUGACUUCCCAAGGCUUUAUUUUAUUCUUCUUGUAAGCCGUGUUUGUGUCGUGAUCAAGCUGUGGUACAAUUGUAGGACCUGCUUGUAAAGUGCCCAAACUGAAGAGCAGCCCUGGCUUUAGGAAUAUACUAUGUUUCAAUUGUUUACAGAAGGAUUUGCCUAGGUUAGGAGUCCUUCAUA